AUGGAUUUCUGGUCAUUAUCCCUUGAGUGUUUUCAGGUCUUCACCACAUACGAGGUGCUGCGGCCACGACAGGGGAUCAAAGACUGGGUGGAUGUCGUCAGGUUCAAAGGAGGAAUCCCGAAACAUGCGUUCACAAUAUGGAUUGUGAACUAUGACAGGAUACCAAUGAGGUCUAUGCUAGCAGCUUGGAGACUUCCAGUCUCUCCCACCUGCCCGUUCUGCUCCACGUACGAUGAAACAAGGGACCAAUUGCUGUUGUCAUGCGAUUACAAGAAGGAUGUAUGGAGGGAGGUCUUGCUCAGAUGCCAGCCUCCAUCAGUGAUGUUCACUAAUUGGUCAGAGUUCCUUUCAUGGAUCCGGUCAUCACCAUCGAGGAAGCUAAUGCUACUGAGGAAGUUGGCAGUUCAAACAGUUGUCUUUCAAUUUUGGAAGCAAAGGUACAACUUGAUUCACAAUCAGGCAUCACUUCCGGCUGCAACUGUCUUUUAUGGUAUCGAAAAAGAGUUGAGAAACAUCAUCUCAGCAAGGAAACUAAGAAAGCAUUUCAAUUAUCUUAUGGCUAUGUGGCUGAGAUAG